GCGGGAAUGUAAGAUGGCGGAGUAGCAACGCGAAGCGGUUAGCACUGGGUCUCUUGGCCGACUUCGGGUCCCGUCUCGGCAGCAGCAGUGAUCGCUGAGCGGAGAGUGCCUAGGGUAGUGAGCCAAGAUGCCGAAUAUUAAAAUCUUCAGCGGCAGCUCCCACCAGGACUUAUCCCAGAAAAUUGCUGACCGCCUGGGCCUGGAACUAGGCAAGGUGGUGACUAAGAAAUUCAGUAAUCAAGAGACCUGUGUGGAGAUUGGAGAAAGCGUACGUGGAGAGGAUGUCUACAUUGUUCAGAGUGGUUGUGGCGAAAUCAAUGACAAUCUAAUGGAGCUUUUGAUCAUGAUUAAUGCCUGCAAGAUUGCCUCAGCCAGCCGGGUUACCGCAGUCAUCCCAUGCUUCCCUUAUGCCCGACAGGAUAAAAAGGAUAAGGUGGGAGCAGAAUCUCCUUUAAGAAAAAAAAAACCUUUUUUUAGCCGGGCUCCAAUCUCAGCCAAGCUGGUGGCAAAUAUGCUGUCUGUAGCAGGCGCGGAUCAUAUUAUCACCAUGGACCUGCAUGCUUCUCAGAUUCAGGGCUUUUUUGAUAUCCCCGUGGACAAUUUGUAUGCAGAGCCGGCUGUCCUGAAAUGGAUAAGGGAGAACAUCUCUGAGUGGAGGAACUGUACUAUUGUCUCACCUGAUGCUGGUGGAGCAAAGAGAGUGACCUCCAUUGCAGACCGGUUGAACGUGGACUUCGCUCUGAUUCACAAAGAACGGAAGAAGGCUAACGAAGUAGACCGCAUGGUGCUGGUGGGAGACGUGAAGGACCGGGUGGCCAUCCUAGUGGAUGACAUGGCUGACACCUGUGGCACAAUCUGCCAUGCUGCUGACAAACUUCUCUCAGCUGGAGCCACCAGAGUUUAUGCAAUUUUGACUCACGGAAUCUUUUCUGGCCCAGCCAUUUCUCGCAUUAACAACGCAUGCUUUGAAGCAGUAGUUGUCACCAAUACCAUACCUCAGGAGGAUAAGAUGAAGCAUUGCUCCAAAAUACAGGUGAUCGACAUCUCCAUGAUCCUGGCAGAAGCCAUCAGGAGAACUCACAACGGGGAAUCCGUUUCCUACCUGUUCAGCCACGUCCCUUUAUAAUAGAGUAACUGCUGAGGCUUUUUACAAAGUGAACCCCACCCCCUUGUUUUCCCUUGGUAUUUGAUGACAAAUUCCACAGAAGGCCCGGCUUUCUAAACCCCUCAUCAGGUGUAUUAGCAUUUCUCCUAAAUGUAGAGAAAGACAGAUUGAGACAAACUGCUGUGAUUUCCAGCCCCCCACACCCCCCCGCCGCCUGCAUUGUCUCAUUCUGGCUUGACGCUGCUUUGAGCCUUGUAGCUUUACCUGUAGCCCAGCAGCGAGAUUUCAGGCUCUGGAGGGCGCUGUGCAGGGGUAUUUGAAUGUGGCCCCGGGGAGGAGGGGGGGAAGCACAGACUACUUUGCAUGUGAAUACUUCAGGGUUUCCUUGGUUCAGAACUCCUGGCAACGGAGCCACCCCGGUUCCCCCCUCCACCCCCAGCCUGUGACAGGCUCUCAAAAGUCUCUGUGAAAUGACAGCAAGAGCCCUAGGCAGCCCCAGCUUGGGCCUCUGAGUCCUGUAAGGCCACUCUCUGGAGGGGGUGGGGGUGCCCCGGGUUGGUUGGGGAGGCAGCACACAGGGCAAUGACUGCUUCUUGGGAGGAAAAAGCCUGAUCGUUCAUCCCCUGCUCGGGGAUUGUGUCGCUUGGAUUCUCCUUUGUGGCCAUUCCUUUCCAUUUGGCUUGACCUUCAGCCAUCUUGCCCUUCCCCUGGCCAGAUGUCCUCUGGGCGCAAGUGUUCCCCGUACCAGUCUUCUGGAAAGCAAAGUCGCUUCCUGCUGUGUAAUCUCUGACAUUGACACGGGAUUAUUUUUGCCAUAGAGUAAUCUUCCAUAGCCCGCUACCACCAUGGUAGUAGGUUUUAGGUGGGGUCGUAGUGCCUUUUGAUUAAUUUAAAUAUUUCAUCUUCCUUCCAUCUCUUUGGUCUCUCCAAUGACCUGAGAUUUCUGUUAAAGACUGAUGUUAUUGUCUCUUGUAGAGGAAACUAAUAAAGUGUCUGUGUGUGA